UUGCCAGGUAAACAACAUUGAGCGGCGCAAGCGAGCGAUUUCAAAGCGAUUCCGAGGCGGUACGAAAUCGAAUUCAACCGAAGUGCGCGUCGGGCCUUCGUUGUUGUUGUUUUUUUUUCAGUUACACUCUGUUGUUUGAGAGUGCGAGAGUGAGCGAAAUAGAGAACGAGAGUGGGAGUGGUGCGACAAGGAAGGAGCACCAGCCUCCUUUGAAUAUUCAGUGCGCCAGGACGAGAGAAUCGAAACGAAACGAAUCGGAACCAAACGAGAGGAAACGAGACUUUUGCAGGACCUUUUUGGGGGCAAUUGGCGCGAGGACGUCGCCGCGGCGAACAGAAACACGCUGGUCGUUGACCAAGUGGCAACGCAGCCCGGAGAAUCGGCUUUGGGAUUGAAGAAUUGCCCAACUUUUUCAAUAGAAUCUAGAGUAUCGUAUCGAAUUAUCGUAUCGCAUCGAAUCGGAUAGACUGAAGCCAAACUGAGACUGAGAAUUGGCAGCUGUUGCAUGCUGUUGCGGCAGACUCAGUGACGCCGCGAGUGACGUCGCCGUGUCUUGUUUUUGUUGCUUGUUUGUUUGGUGACCCCGACGCGAAUCGAUCCUCGCGAGUGUGUGACCGAGACAGCAAUAUAUACACAUUAUCCUCUGAUAAACAAUUGAAGAAACAGUGCAAGAGAUAAAGAGUACGAGGUAUUUCGCAUUCGAGCCAAUGGUCAGAGCGACAGGAACAAGGAUGGGCCUGCUCCUGCCCGUUAUCCUGGCACUGGCCAUCGGAUCCUCGGCCGCCGGCAUAUCCUCCAACGAUCCCUGCUACUUCGAGGGCAAGCCGCGCAAGUGCCUGCCCAGCUUUGUGAAUGCCGCCUAUGGGAAUCCCGUCCAGGCAUCCAGCGUUUGUGGCGCCCAACAGCCGGAGCGUUACUGCGAACUGUUGCGCGACGGGAAUGCCGGCGAGUGUCGUUCAUGCGAACAGCAGCGGUACGGUCCGGCGGCAUUAACCGAUCUAAAUAACCCCAGUAAUGUGACCUGCUGGCGAUCGGGUGCCGUGAAUGUGCCCCACGACCCGGACAGUGCGCCGCCGGAUAAUGUGACCCUAACCUUGUCGCUGGGCAAGAAGUACGAGCUGACCUAUAUAUCGCUGUCAUUUUGUCCCCGCUCGCCGCGUCCCGAUUCGCUGGCCAUAUUCAAGAGCUCGGAUUUUGGACAGACCUGGCAACCCUUCCAGUUCUAUAGCUCACAGUGCCAAAAGUUCUAUGGACGACCGGAUCGCGCCAAGAUAUCCAAGUUUAAUGAGCAGGAGGCCAGAUGCAUCAAUUCGCAACAUGAUACGGGCGGCGCUGCCCAGCGAUUUGCCUUCAAUACCCUGGAGGGUCGUCCGUCGGCCAAUGAUCUGGACUCCUCGCUGGUCCUGCAGGAUUGGGUGACGGCCACGGAUAUAAGAGUGGUAUUCCAUCGCCUUGAAUUGCCACCACAAUUGCUGAAGGUGAAAAAUGCGAAUGCCUUUAGCGAUGAGAUGGGCGGCAGUCGCGAGGAGGAUGAGGAUGAUGAUGCGGAUCUGGAACUGGACGGCGAGCAGGAUGAGUACGACUACAAUCUGCAGGACAACGACAGUGCCGAUGCUGGGUACGAUGAGUACGAGGAGCCCAAGAAGCAUUUGGAACUCGAUGACGAUCACCUGCAUUUGGACUAUGCCAGUGAUGGUGAAUCGGUUGUAAAGAGGCAGGGCAAGCACAAGGGUAGCGCCUAUGAGAAGCACUACCAGAGCAAACUGGCGGCCACCACGCCCCCACAACAGACGCCCAAGGUGACGCCACCUGGCAAGGCCACGCCGCCCAGCACAGCUGCCCCCUCUGCCGUCGCCUCCGCGGUGACCUUGCCCAUUUCGCAGCAUUACGCCGUAUCGGAUUUCGCCGUCGGCGGACGAUGCAAGUGCAAUGGUCACGCCUCCGAGUGCGUGGCCACCGUCAGUUCGGGAUCAGGAACGGCCCUUUCAGAUCAGGACGAUGGCCAGGACGAGGACACGCCCUCCGCCCCCUCGCUGGCCAACCACUUUGGUCGCAGCACCCAGAUGAGCGCCAAACUGACCAUGACCUGCGCCUGCAAGCACAACACCGCCGGACCGGAAUGCGAACGCUGCAAACCCUUCUACUUCGACCGACCCUGGGACAGGGCCACCGACAACGAUGCCAACGAGUGCAAAAUGUGCCAGUGCAACGGACACGCCCGUCGCUGCCGCUUCAAUCUGGAGCUGUACAAACUAUCUGGCCGGGUUUCGGGAGGUGUGUGCUACAACUGCCAGCACGAUACUACCGGAAGAUACUGCCACUACUGCCGCGAGGGAUAUUAUCGGGAUGCCACUAAACCGCCAAAUCAUCGCAAAGUCUGCAAGCGUUGCGAUUGCCAUCCAGUGGGUUCGACGGGCAAGACGUGCAAUCACCUGAGUGGCCAGUGUCCCUGCAAGGAGGGCGUCACCGGACUAACUUGCAACCGAUGUGCCCGGGGCUACCAGCAGACCCGCUCCCACGUGGCACCCUGCAUCAAGGUGCCCACCAAUGCGAACAUGAUUCAGGCCGAGAGUGCUGGCGGCGGUGGAGGGGGUGGCACUGGUGAUUACAAGGAUGGCGGUGGCUCCCAGGUCGAGGAGAUGAAGAAGUACUGCGGCAAGUGCAAGGCGAGUCCCAAGAAGCUCAAUCUCAACAAGUUUUGCAUGGAAGAUUAUGCCAUUUUGGCCAAGGUGAUUGGCCACGAUCGCGCCUCCCAGGACAUCAGCACGGAAAAGUUCUCGAUAGAGCGACAGAACGAGAUCUACAAGUACGAGAUCAACAUCCAGACGAUCUUCAAGCGGAAUCCCAUGUCGGGCACUACGAGUUCCUUGCUCGGAAGGGGCAAUAUGAUGCUGCUGGUGCCGCGCAAGAGCAUCGAGUGCCAGUGUCCAAAAAUAAAGCUAAACAAAUCAUAUCUCAUCCUUGGACGUGACUCGGAGGCGGCGCCUGGUUACUUGGCCAUCGGACCGAGCUCGGUGGUCCUUGAAUGGAAGGACGAGUGGUCGCUUCGCAUGAAGCGGUUCCAGCGGCGGGCACGCAAAUGCAGUUGAAUCGAACCGGAAACGGAAUAUGUCAGAGCGGAUUUCAAUUUCACACACUUGGCUAGGUAUCGGUUUUUGUAUAAAUUGUACAGUUUACUCAAGUUUCUGACCUUCUUCGGCAUCAUGCUAUAAAUUAAUCAGCCACGGCGAUUUCCCAAACGGAAGUGGCCCGCAAACCCAAUAGCCCGUCAAUAUAAUCUCAAUUCCUACCCAGAUAAUCUCCUUCCGGGGCGGUCUCUAGUCUAUAAAGCGCUUUUACACAACAUCAGCAAACAAACAAGCCCAUCCAACAAUCGGAAAACAAGCGAAAACACAACGUACAUCGUAUUAACCCCGCCUUUUUUAUGAAACACCAAAUGCUAAUUACAGUUACGUGCCAAUGGGUGGGCCUGUUGGCGUGUGGGCGUGGCCGCGUGUCCUUAACGAUUAUGUGCCGGCCAUAAAAAACAGUUAUAAAUUGAAAAUAAGUGCGAAAAAGAGCGGUAACAUCGCGUGUCGCGAUUCUAGACAAGCAAACAAACUGAAUUUUGGGUGGCAAAUGAACGGUCAAUGCAACCGGAUGGGGUGAUGAUGGACAAACAGGCUGCGUCGACACAUAAGUGCAGUCAUGAACCAUCGACACGACUCUCGACCAUCUGGCAAAAACCGUCCACACACUUGCCAAUACUGGGGGAACUCGGCCAAAACAUGAUCACCAUGUGACAUUUAUUUAAAUCAUAUUCUAUAAAUCCAAUUACUUUUAUUCCUUUAAAUCAGACGAAACUUCUUAAUUUCUAAUCACUCUACAUUUUUACAUCAAUUUAUAGAGGUAACAUAGGCAUUCAUUUAAUUUUCAAAUCAAUAAAAACUUAGGAAACCUUAAAAUUGAAUCAAAUGAUUUUAUUUUCAAACUAAUCGCUGCCAAGCAACUCAAAUCUUAUGAUGGAAAACCCAAGACAAAAAUUAGUAAUCUUUGUCCCAUCUGCUGCGACGUCAUUAAUAAUUAGUAUCAAAAAUUAGGCAUCAUUGUCUAAGCUUUCAAUGUCAAUAUUUUCAAAGGGUUUUAAUUAAAUAUCUCUUAACUUUUAUGUUUUGAAUACCCCUCACAAUGCUUCGCUCCGCCAUCCAACCAAUAAAUUGAUUCAAUUUUCCAUAUGUGCCAAAUUUCUAUUUAAAUAUGUACCAUUUGUUCACUAGUCCAGCAGUUUUCAUGUGCACUUAUUUAUUUUACUCUAGCAAAGAAUAUUUGUAUUUUGUCUGUUUCUUUGGGAUUUAUUUACACAACUUACGCAAAAGCAAUGCGAUUGAAAAAUUGCAGUAUUUUCUUCCAAUUUAUAACAAACAUUUGUGGACGAAAGCUGCAAGGGUAUUUCAAUUCAGGUUUCGAGUUUCAAUUGGUAUCAUUUCUGGUUUUCCUGCAUUUCAUGUCGAGCAGAAAAACGCCUCUCAAGAAUUUAUGCAAACAGUUUUGGCCGAUAAUUAUGCACAUGUUUAUUGACUAUCUGCUAGUUGAUUUUUCACGCGCUUUUGCAUACCAAUUUGUUUGAUGGAUGCAUCAAUAGAAAAAUCAAGGCGGCGAACAGCGGCAAAACACGCAUUUAAAAUACAUUUAUAUGAAUUUAAUUUUCAAUUUGAAUUAUACAUGCAAAUUGUGAGCGCAUCAAUUCCGGCUCGCUCGGCUCCAAAAACAGAUACAGUAUAUGCGUCUAUAUCUACAUAUAUGUGUGUGAAACUAAAAAUCGAAGGCGUUAAAAGUGUGAUUGGAGGUUUUAAGGGAUCGGGGUACCGGUUGUAACUUGUUUUUGGAGCAUGUGUAGGCCACGCUUGAACACUUGAAACUCAUCCCAGGCAGCCUCGCGGUACAGUGAAGACAGCCCAUGACGGAAAUAAACAUACAUUAAAUAUAAUAUUCAGUUCGAAAUUUACACUCAUUUACACUCUCUUUUCAACGAACUAUUGCUUUUUUGGUAAGUAAUAGUAAGAAAUUGUACACGUUUUCAUGUACUGAGUGCCCACUGUACCGCUCGAUAAGUAUCACAGCCAAAAGCAACAAAGAGGCAGACAACAUGACGCAUAUAACACAAAUUGAACAGCAGAAACAAACAGAAAAAUUCGCCACAAGAUGGAACAGUUCAAAAUAUAACCUGAAUAUUCAACAUAAAUUAUUGCCAAUUAAACAUUGUAGAGGAAUAAAAAUCAAGAUAACGUAAGAAAAUGAAAUGCAAUAAUAUAUUCUCUUUUGAUCAACAUAUUUAAAAACGAUUUAUUUCUGUCCGUGUACAGAACAAAUGAACUUCGUGGGCUGAAUCAAGUGAUAUGCAUGCCCCCCCCCAAUUGCAGUUACAUUUUUCGAUGUUGCUGCGGAUUAAACAUGUUUCGGGCUCAAAAAUGUAACAUGAUAUAUGACAGCCAAGUGUCGAACUUGAUAAAUGUUUUAAUGAAUUUAUUUUCGUGUUUAUAUGCUGCCAGCCAUCCAUGAAUCGAGAUCUUUAGCUGACUUUGCUUCGUUUUUCGUUCAGCUCGACGGCUGGCACGACACCUACUCUCUGGUUCUUUUGUGGCCGUCCAAUUUCGAUGUGUGUCCCCCUAUCCAUGGCAACAUCCACAUCCACAACCACAUAUAAAUAUCCACACAGUGCCAUUCACAUAUUAUUCAGGUCCGACCGUGACCAUGAUGUAUGAUAAAUCAAAAUGGGGGCAACAUAUGCAGGGACAGUCCAGAGUUGGACAGUUAACAUGCUGCGGCAUUUAAGCCGAGAUUUGUGUUCGCAUUCACUCUCCGCCCAGGGACGCAUAAUUAGCUCUGCUUCUGGCAUCUGGAUGUGGAUCUGGAUCGGGAUUCGUAUCUGUUUCUGUUUCCCUUGCUGUUACUGUUGCUGUUACUGUUUCACGCUGGCUGGCCAACGUGGCGUAUGAGUCAUGGACACACGUGUGCCCACCGCACACGGAUAAUAUUUUUGGAGAGCAUGUCCUGGGGCAAAAUAAAUGCAAAAUUGUCAACUGUCAACUGAAUACAUUUAAGCACACAUUUUUAUGCAGAUGCUACCGUGUAAACUGUGAAUAUUAACAAUUCACAGGGAUUGGACAUAAAGAGCGUUUACAUUUCAUCAUGCUGUAAAGACCUUCGUCAAUAAUACUGUUGUCAAAAAAUUAUGAGCUUUGGUUUAGAAUUUAAGUUUCAAAAAUCAAGCCAAAUUUCAGAUUGUUCUAGCAAUCAAAAAACUGAACGUUUAAUGAUAGUAAUAACAGCAUUUCCCACAAUUUUUGAUCUUGCAAGGACUGUUUCCAACUUUGGAUCAACCCCUUUCACCUGAACCUUCCAAAAAUAAAACAUUAAAUAAAUGCUAAAAAAAAAAGAAGGAAAUGAUUCAACAAAAAAAAUGAAAAUGAAAUGAGAAAUUCAAUUGUGGCCUCGGACUGGUCUCGUCGACUGCGACCGGCUUCAUGCCUUCAUGCAUAUUUAAAUGAGAUUUUGCGUUAACUGAAUUUUUCACCGGCAUUCUGCAGAUGGAAAUGGGAGGGGGCGUGGCCAGUCGGAUGCGUGGGCGUGCGGCCCUCAAAGAAAAAAAAAACAUAUUAAUUUAUAUAAUGUACGAGUACGCACAGAGAUAUAAAACAUUUAUAUAGAUUUAAAUAAAUUGGGUUCUUUUCGCCGCUUUUUAUUUGUAUUUUUAUUUUUCACAAUUUUUGCCGUUCAUUUAACUCUGAAUGGGGAGGAGGCGUGGAAGCAGGCGUGUUGUCGCAUAUGUAUUUUAAAUAGGAUGCAGGCCCAUUAGCAUAUAAAUUGACGCAGCGACAGUUGAGUGGAUAAAGGAAAAAAUAAAAAUAACACUCUUAACCGAGAGGCUGAACAAUGGAAAGGGGUAUGGUGGCUCGUAACUGUUAACUAGCAUUUGGUCAGAACAAAAUAAAAAUAAAACAAAAACAAGAAUAUACAAAAUUACACUAAAUUUAUUGAAAUGCCCACCAAACAUCACCGACAAAAACACUAUUCGUACCACAAGAACAACAGCCCCAAGCUGACAAAUUGACUUCCGUUUCCGCUAAUUGAAAAACAAAAUGAAAUUUACUUCGAAAGAAUGAAUGAAAAGUACUUAAUGAGAGAGAUGCAAACAUAACCAAAUUAGUCAUUAGUUGAUAUGUCAAGCCGUUUAUUUAUUUACACACCUUUUUUUCCUAAUCUUAAUUAUAAAUGAAUACGCCUAAACGGAAUAUAUUUAAAACAAAGCGAAAAUCGAAAAUCGAAAACGAGGAGGGGAAGCAGAAGAGCUAAAAUGUAUUUAUAUGUUAUAUGGAACCCGAACUGGAAAGUUUUGACGAUCCAAUGGACUUUCUUACUUGUAGAUCACUUCCCUUUUGGUUUGCAUAUGCAUUAAGCAUGGUCUACUAAUCACAUAUCCUUCGACCACACACACAAAUAAACACAAUUAAUUAUUGAAUAAUUUUUUUUUUUUGUCAGACGAAUAUGAAUAUCAAGCGUGUGUGUCCAGAACGAAUUAUUCAUAUGGUAAGCUAAAAAAAAAAGAAAUACAAAUGCAUACAUACAUAUUAAACAUAAAUAUAAUCAAAAAAGAAACACAAACAUUUUUUUUCUUAGAUUUUUUGUAAAUACUCAAAAAACGUAACGAGUGAAGAAGAUGAAACGCUAAGGCAAAUAGAACUAUAUAUAUAUAUAGAUAUAUAUAUUGAUAAAUUGAUUACAAUCUGGAUUAUUGCUAAUUAUUAUGUUGAAUCAUAAAUUGCACACACUUACACACACCCACACACACACUCACGAAAAGGCAGCAGAAGAAAGCAAGAGAAAUUCACAUUGUCUGAUAUUAAAGUAUUGUAGUUGGUACUUAUAAUAUAUAAAUAUAUAUAUAUAUUUAUAUAUAUAUAAAUAUAUAUAUAAAUAAAUAUUAAAAUAUGAUUAAUCAUAAUACAUAAAGUAUGCAAUUUUUGUGGCAAAGAAAAAAAUAUAUCAAAGACAGAAGCAGAUGGAGGAAAAUGCAAGUUAUAUAUAUAUCAUUUAUGUGUACUUGAAAAAGUAAAAAACCCGAAAACAAAGCAAAAAGCGCAUGAAAGUUUAAUCGAAUUAAGUGGACAGAUUGCUAAUAAUAAUAAUAAAACUAAUAACGAAAUCAAUACCAA